CGUCUUCGCUUCCAAUGGAUUAAAUUACAUUAAUAAUUGAAACCCCCGACAUCUGAAUUGGGUUUGAGAUCUGAAAUCGAUUAAAUCUCGUCUUGUGAUGGGCGAUUUUGAACAGCAGCAAUGAAGGGCGUCUUUUCGGCGCCUGGAGAUUACAUCCACUUCAAGUCCAAAGUACCUCUCCACAAGAUCACAAUUGGGUCAAAACAGUGGCGGUAUUAUGACUUUGGGCCAAAGUUGGUGCCUCCGGUUAUCUGUAUCCCUGGGACAGCGGGAACUGCAGAUGUCUACUACAAACAGAUAAUGUUAUUGUCCAUGAAGGGUUAUCGUGUGAUUUCUAUUGAUAUACCACGUAUAUGGAAUCACAAUGAGUGGGUUCUAGCAUUGGAAAAGUUUUUGGAUGCUAUUGAUGUUCACCAUGUACAUCUUUAUGGAACAUCAUUGGGAGGUUUCCUUGCUCAACUAUUUGCUCAGCACCGUCCAAGACGUGUUAAAUCAUUGAUACUCUCAAACUCAUUUUUGGAGACACGCAGUUUUGCUGCUGCUAUGCCAUGGGCUCCCGUUGUUCGCUGGACACCUUCUUUUUUGCUGAAGCGAUAUGUCUUAAUAGGAAUUCGGGAUGGUCCACAUGAACCAUUUAUUGCAGACUCUGUUGACUUUGUUGUCAGCCAGGUUGAGACAAUAUCAAGAGAAGACCUAGCUUCAAGAUUAUCUUUGACUGCAGAUGCUGCAUCAGUUGGACCUCUGUUGCUUUCAGACUCAUUUAUCACCAUAAUGGAUACGAAUGACUACUGUGCUACACCUCAACAACUGAAAGAACAACUGGGUGAAAGGUACCCGGGGGCUAGGCGAGCAUCCCUCAAGACUGGAGGUGAUUUCCCAUUUCUUUCCCGCCCAGAUGAAGUUAAUCUACAUCUUCAGCUGCAUCUGCGGAGGGUAGGAGUUGAAGCUAGACCGGAAUUGGUUCCAGGCACUCCAAAGGAUGGCGGAGGCGAGAAUCCUAGCAAGAAUGAUGAAAGAGAAAAUGUGGAUGACCCACCUAAUGAUGAAAGAGAAGAUGUGGAUGACCUAAUGAUGAAAGAGAAGAUGUGGAUGACCUGCCUGAGGAUGUUGAGGGAGGUAAUUUGAACAUUACCAUAGAAGAUCAUUUACUUCCAGCUUCUGAUGGUGAAAGUUCUCAUGAUUUGCAUGACCAGGUCCUCAAAGACGAACCUUUGCAUCCCGAAUCAUAAAUAUUUAACACUUCUAGCUUCCUCACACGGUUGUGGAUAAGCAACAAUAUGGUCUGGACAUUGAAACCAUUCUCCAGCGUGCUUGUGCAUUUUCAUUUCUUCAUCUCAUUGUGGUGGGGACAUUGUACAUUAGCUGGUUUGUAGGAAGUUCAAGCAAUGUGUGUAAUAUAUGACUUGUGCAUCUCAUUUUUUGCAUGUGUUAAUAUACCGUAAACUAUGAUCAUUUCCUCUUUGCUAGCAAUUAAUGUACAAUUUAAUUGAGUCU